AUGGUUGACCUUCACUCCCUGCCAGCCGGCUCACGCCCAGAGCACGCAGUCCGCAACAAUGGGCCUGACAGUCUCGUGCUGGAGCGAUACAAACUACGUGAAUUGGCUGAAGGCUGGCCUCUUUAUAGAGACGCGUGUGAAUGGGAGAAUCUCAAAUCCAUCUUCCACCCGGACGCCUACAUCUACACGACCUGGACCGGACGGACGCACCACUUGGACUUCAUCCGGGCGUCUCAGGCGGGCAUGGACAAGGGCGCCUUCAUCAUGCACCGCUGCCACGGGGUCACCACCGACAUCAACCGCGAGGCCACGCGGGCCGUGACAAAGAUGAAGGCGACCAUCACCCAGCGCUUCGCCAUUGACGGGUGCGAGGUCGACGCGGAGAGCGAUUGCCGCUUCUGCUUUUUCUGGGUCAAGAUGCCCGACCAGGGAGGGGAGUGGCGGGCCAGGUUUGUGAGGCAUUGGUACGAAAAGGACAAACUGAUCCCCGUGAACCCGGCAAAAGUGCCCAUCCUCGACGAGGAGCGCCUGAAGAACUAUCCCAGUGGGUAUCGGUACCUGGCGUACCUCCAGGAGGCGACCAUGGGCGUCACGGUGCUCCGCGACAUGCCCGGUCACCGGCGCGAGAAGGGGGUCGAGGGUGGCAGCAAAGAGUGUGGCGACAAGCAUGAUCUUCUCUACUGGCAGUGUAAAGCCUGGGUCGAGGGCAAACACGUCGAGAUCUGA